GCUCAAUUCCCCCCCGUGCGACACCCCCACCUUCGCUGCCUGCAGAUAGUUUCCGUAUUGGACGAGGGAAGGAGAACCGAGCUUUUUCUUCACGGGGUAGUGUUGGGCUACCCGCUGCAGUGCAUGUGUUAUCAUUUCACACAAGUGAUGUAUGUUGGUUGCGUGACUGUAUUUAAUUCGAUUGGAACAGCUAUGUGCACGCUAAAUUACAUAACAAAUUAAGCCUGCAUUGCAAUCAAAUAAAAACAAGUGUUUAUUUCUCUUCGCUCCUUCAAAGCUUCUACGUAUUUUCGAAUCUAUUGGAGACCUUAUUCUGGUCACGGCGCAUACUACCAGACAGCUGUCCUGAAAUUUACUAUUGCGCGAAUCCUGCACGCGACGAAGGACAAGCGGACACCUGCAGUAGAAUGUAGCGGGAAUUCCCCGUCACUGGUGCAAGAGAGCCAUCAAAGACCUGUCCGACAUCUCACCUCACAGGUCCUGCAGCUUGUAAGCUGGAGAAGGCGUGGACAUGGGAGCAGACCAUGGGGGGGUGUGACGGUAAGGGUUGCUAUGCAUGAGGAAAACCAGAGGGUGCCAUGGAGACAGACAGCUUCAGCCAUCGCCUGGAGACCAGUGAUGGGGCAGGCGGGGCAGAGGUGGGAGCUGGCCUAGGGGGGCUGGGGGUCCCAGAUGGAGCAGGCACGGACUCUGGGUGGUACCUGCCAUACCCAAUCAGCUUCCAGGUGUCCCUGACCAGCUUCCUCAUGCUGGAGCUGGUGCUGGGCUUCAGCAGUAACCUGACCGUGCUGGUGCUCUACUGCGCCCAGUCCAACCUGGUCGACUCGGUCAGCAACAUGGUGACGGUCAACCUGCACGUGCUGGACAUCAUCGUGUGCGUGCUGUGCCUGCCGCUGACCGUGGUCAUCAUCCUGCUGCCCGUCAACCGCAACCUGGCGCUGCUGUGCUGCUUCCACGAGGCCUGCGUCACCUUCAGCAGCAUCGCCACCGCCGUCAACGUGCUGGUGAUCAGCGUGGACCGCUACGACAUCUCCGUACGGCCGGCCAACCGGCUGCUGACCCCGCGGCGCGCCGCGCUGCUGUUGGCCGCCGUCUGGGCCAUCUCAUUGGCUGUCUUCUUCAUCCCGUUCCUGGAGGUGGAGUUCUUCUCCGGGCUGGAGGGGGGGCCGGGCGACCCCUCCCUGGCGGCCGUAUGGCGCAACCGGACGCUGUUGUGUGUGGGGGGGCAGGGCGACCUCACGGGGCUCCCCAUGUACUACCACCUGCUCCUGCAGGUGCCUGCCUUCUUCACGGCCGUGGUGGUCAUGCUGUUCACCUACUCCAAGAUCCUGCGGGCCCUCAACAUCCGCAUCGGCUCCCACCUGAAGAAGGGCCCGCGCUUCAAGGGCCAGGGCUGCAGGGGGCGCCGCAGGAAGCGCAAAAUGAACGGCGCGGGAGCAGCCGGGGAGGAAGGGGAGCUGAUCAAACCCCUCUCUCAUCCUCCCCUCAUCCCCUCGCCUACUCCCACCCCCACUGCGACCUCGCCCCCACCCUUGUCCUCCGCCCCUCUGAUCGCGGCCGACGGCGGCACCGCCCCGGCCCCGCCCCCACCCGCGGUGGGGGUCCAGGCAUCGGUGUCGGCCAUCAUCGCGCUGCGGCGGGCCGUACGGAGGCACCGGGACCGGCGGGAGAGGCAGCGCCGUGUCUUCAAGAUGUCGCUCAUCAUCAUCUCCACCUUCCUGGGCUGCUGGGCGCCCAUCUCCGUGGCGAACGUGCUGAUCCUCAGCCUGGGCCCCAGCGACUGGCUGGUGAGGCUGCGGCUCUGCUUCCUGGCGCUGGCGUACGGCACCACCGUCUUCCACCCGCUGCUGUACGCCUUCGCCCGGCAGAAGCUGCGCCGCGCGCUCCGGAGCAAGGUGAAGAAGCGCGUGGUGUCGCUGCUGCAGGUGGACCCGGCGCCCAGCGGCACCGUCAUACACAACUCCUGGGUGGAGCCGCGCAAAGGCCGCAAAGCCCGCCAGGAGGGCAGCGACGGCACGGACCGCUGCCUCACGGAGGCCGUGCGAGAGUGAGGGGGAGAGAGAGAGAGAGAGAGAGAGAG